UCCGGCUGGGCGCUCCAUUCGCCUGCGGUGGCGCUUCUCGGGUUCCACGCGUCUAGGCAGCCUCCGACGGCGUCGCGCUUGCGUCCUACGCGGUGCCGGUUCCCUGAUUUGGAGCAUCCCGCCGGGCGGCCAGCGACGACUACCUCCUCCGCCUCGCUCGCUCGCUUGGGGCCACGAUCCCUGGCCGUGGAACCGACCGGAGCCCGCCGGGUGUUUACCGCGGGACGACGCGGUUGAAGCCCGAUCGGCAUGGGAGGAAUGGGAGAGCGGAGGGGUCUCCUCUCGGGCUCCACGCGGCCAACACCCUCCUUAACGCGGCCCGCCGGCUCCAAGGCGCGCCAGCCGCGGUCGCAGAGCCCCUCCGGCAAACUUUUCCCCUAGGAAAGCGAAGGGGAUCGGGCCGGAGAGGACGCGCGCCAACCGCGCCCGCUUACAUGGCUCGGCUGGGCCGGAUCCAAGCCCGCCCGAGACUUCGCAGGAAAGGACUUUUGGACCUGGAAGCUUGGAGCCUUUGAAAACAAACUCCCCUCCCCCUCUCUCCUUCCUGGUGGGAUCUUCGAACUUGGCGCUGGCGGAUCCAGCCCCGGUUUCUGCCUACGCUGCGCUGGACUUCCGAGCAGAGCCAGCGAGCAUGACAGGGGAGAAAGUCGCCUCCAAGCUGGUUUGUUGCGGAGUUUGCCUUUUUGGUUUGUGUUGCCGGGUUUUAUCCCCCUUACGGCACCUGCCCCGCAGGGGAACAGACGCUUCCCGGUGGUGUUCUUUUUAAACAAACGCUCCACGCAUUUAAGGAUUUGGGAUUACUAAGGGAGGGAGAGCAAGACUCGAGUGGGGUGUGUGUGCCCCAUCAUGUGUGCCUUGAAAGUUCUCCUGGGCACCGCCACCUGUAGUAACCACAAGACCUCCUUCCUUAGAAUUGGUCAGAAGCCUUAAGACAGCCGCAGCCACCGCCACCCCCAGUUGGUCAACAGCAGCCUCCAUAGCUGGUGCCAUGGCCGGCCUCCGAGACGCUUUGCUGAGCCUUUUGCUGUUCUUGCUGGAGGCUCCAGCUCCUGCUGCUGCCGCAUCCAAAGCCAUCGUCUGCCAGGAGAUCACUGUCCCCAUGUGCAAGAGCAUUGGCUACAAUUUGACUUACAUGCCAAACCAGUUCAAUCACGACACGCAAGAUGAAGCCGGGCUAGAGGUGCACCAGUUCUGGCCCCUGGUGGAGAUCCAGUGCUCGCCGGAUCUGAAGUUUUUCCUCUGCAGCAUGUAUACCCCCAUCUGCUUGCUGGACUAUGCCAAGCCCCUGCCUCCUUGCCGGUCGGUGUGCGAGAGGGCCAAAGCUGGCUGCUCUCCCUUGAUGAGGCAAUAUGGCUUUGCCUGGCCAGAGAGGAUGAACUGUGACAAGCUGCCGGUCCUGGGCGACGCGGAGAUGCUGUGCAUGGAUUACAAUCGGACAGAGGCCACCACGUUGCCCCCAUUUUUUACCAAGCCGACACGCCCCUCCAAAGGUGCCCACAGAAACCUCACCCCAUUGAGCGGGGCCAACUGCAAGAGAGUGUGCGAAUGCAAGGAGCCCUUGGUCUUCAUCUCCAAAGAGUCCCACCCUCUCUACAACAAGAUUGAGACGGGUCACGUACGCAACUGCGCCAUCCCCUGCUUCCAGCCCUAUUUCACCCAAGAUGAGAAGACUUUUGCUACCUUCUGGAUAGGCCUGUGGUCUGUCCUCUGUUUCAUCUCCACCUUCACCACAGUGGCCACCUUCCUGAUUGACAUGGAGAGGUUCAAGUACCCAGAGCGCCCCAUCAUCUUCUUAUCUGCCUGCUACCUCUUCGUGUCCAUUGGCUACAUCAUCCGACUUGUCGUGGGCCACGCCAGCGUGGCCUGCAACAAAGAUUACAACCACAUUCACUACGAGACCACGGGACCCGCCCUGUGCACUGUGGUCUUCCUCCUGAUCUAUUUCUUUGGCAUGGCCAGCUCCAUCUGGUGGGUUAUCUUGUCUCUCACCUGGUUCCUGGCUGCUGGGAUGAAAUGGGGCAAUGAGGCCAUUGCGAGCUACUCUCAGUAUUUCCACAUAGCAGCAUGGCUCAUCCCCAGCGUCAAGUCCAUUGCCGUGCUGGCCCUGAGCUCCGUGGAUGGAGACCCGGUGGCUGGCAUCUGCUAUGUAGGCAAUCAGAACCUAGACAAGCUCCGGGGGUUUGUGCUGGCUCCAUUGGUAGUGUACCUUUUCACGGGGACCAUGUUUCUGCUGGCAGGGUUCGUCUCCCUCUUCAGGAUCCGGAGUGUAAUUAAACAAGGGGGCACAAAAACGGACAAGCUGGAGAAGCUGAUGAUCCGGAUCGGCAUCUUCACCGUCCUUUACACCGUCCCGGCCACAAUUGUGGUGGCGUGCUACAUCUAUGAGCAGCACUAUCGGGAGAGGUGGGAGACGGCACAGAACUGCGCGUGCCCCGGAGAGAAACCCAAACUCAAGCCCGACUAUGCUCUCUUCAUGCUGAAGUACUUCAUGUGCCUGGUGGUGGGGAUCACUUCAGGGGUCUGGAUUUGGUCUGGCAAGACCCUUGAGUCUUGGAGACGCUUCACAGGGCGAUGUUGCAGGAGCGGAAAGCCCAUCAACACAGCCAUGUACAGUGAAGCCAACGCGGCUCUGACAGCAAGGACUGGACUGUCCAAUCCUGUACCUUACCACAAACAAGUCCCACUCUCUCAUGUGUGAAAAAAAAGCACCUUACUAGGUCCCAGUUGGGAGCAGCACACUGGUCUGGACAACAUGGGUUUAAGUGGAAGAUCCUGCCUUGAAGGCAGGAAUUACUUUUAAUUGCCUCCUACUUCCUUCCAGUUCCAUAAUCCUAUGGACUUGGCACUCCUAGGGUACUGCAGGAGAAAAAGAACAAAGUGACGCGUGGCUUGAAAUUUGGAUAUUGAAUUGGAAGCCACCGCCGGACACAAUGCAUUAUAGCUGUAGAGAUAUCACUCUACCUCUACUACAAACCGUAUUUGCCUGCCAUUGGCCAUUUUGAGUGGCAGACAAUCAAUUUAAUACUGAAAGUGCCAAUCAUGGCUGGAAUCCAUGGAACCCAUCAUCUCCAGCUCUACAGGAUUUUGGUAUGCAUUGCAUGCUGACUUUCCAUGGAAGCUUUGUUGGAAGAUGCCACAUCUCAUUUCUUCAUAAGAAUGACCUGGCUAUUGCCAUCUUAGUUUUAACUGAGUAGUUUUUCUUGUGGUUUUCUUUAUAAAGAAGUUAUCAGAUGUUAGGCUGCAAUGUGCUCUCCUCUCCUCCCUUUUGGGAGCUUAAAAUACUGGAACGGUACGGGCUACCUGUAAAGACUUGUUUAUCUUGACAGGUGGCCUAAAACCUGACAGGACUAAACAUUUAGCUCAAAAGUUAUGACUGGAGUAGAAAAUACUUUUAUGUAAAUUUGGCAUAUGCUAACAAGACUCAUGCUUUCCCCUUCCCAAGAUAAUCUGUGCAAUAACCAGGAUUAAAAUAGCUGAGAAAUCCAUAUUUAGGACUUGUCUCCAUAUGGCCCAUUGGUUACUCAUGGCAGCUUCCUCUAUUCCCAACUCAAUGCAAAAAUGGAAAAGGCUUUGCUGAUAAUGGAUCCUUCCAUUCAUUAACAUACAGGUUUCCUUGUCUACUGUGCAGAUUACAAAGUAGAUCAGCAAUGCGUGAACAGUCUUUUGGAGUGGGGGACGGAUUGGAUAUAUACUCUUUUACCUUAUCCACCGAACCAUCCAUGCAGGCGGGCAAAUAUAAGGGGUUGUAUUCAGCUAAGCCCAUUGAAAUGAGUGACCCUAAGUUUGUCACUUCUAUUAACUUCAGUGGGUCAACUCUGAGUAGGACUAGCACUGAAUACCACCCAAGGUACAUAUGUGUAGGAGAUGCAAGUUGUUUUUGUAUGUAUGGGGGUCAGGGUGAUUGUUCUGAAAAUCUUGAUCUUGUCUGUUGUGUCUACCUUUAUCAUUCCCGCUGUGUGCUGUGCUUAAUAGAAUGGUGAUAUGGAAAUAAAUCCGCUCAAUGCAACUCCUAACAAAGAUAAAGGCACCAUCUGGAGAAGGUUUAGAAUAAUUUGCCUUGCAGAGUUGGUGAAACACCAAGCCCAAAUACCAUGUAGUAGGGCCUGCCAAAUGCAUUGACAAUCCGUCUGUUAGUCAUCUCAGGCAAGCAGCAAAAAUAAGGUGUUUUCUUGUUAGGCUGAAAAAAUCACUGGUAAGGGGAGCUGGUUAGAACAUUGGCUCUUGACAGGUCUGAUUCUAGCAGUAAACGGUUGAUUGAAGUCACCCAACCUAACUAGCUUAAUUUGAAGUUUAUAGCCUAAUACAAUUAGAGCAAUCGCUUAAUGAAAAUAUUGCCCUUGCAGUAGUUUAGGUACUUGACUGCUCACUGUAAGAAAACGAAAACGGUUACUGGAUGGUAAAAAGAAGAGACUGAAAAGUAAGAAACAGCACCUAAGGCAGUGAAUGAACUAAUAUUUGAAAAGAGAGAAAACAGCAAUGUACAUCAUUAGAUAUGACACUUACAGGGUUCUUUAUGGAGACACUGUGUAUAUCAAUAUGUUCCAAGACAUAACUGCACCAUGUAGUUAUAGUAUGUAAAUAUUUGUAUUAAAAGAAAUAAGUUUGUAUAUACUGAAUCUCUAGUGAACUUUUGAUACGGGUUGAAAGCAGGUUGUAAAUUCUCACUGAUGGUGAGGCAGCUUUGGGUAUAGAUAAAUGGGAUGGAAGCCCAGGGCAUUAAAUAGCUGUACUUGAUAUUGGAUUCAUACUUGGGUCGUGCUGCUUUUUCAAUUGUGCCUUGUGGAGGAUGAAGCUUUUACAUACUUGCAAUAUGAUUAUAACAAUACUGUGCCAAAAAAGGUUAAAAAAAUGAGAGGACAGGACAUAGCUGAUUCUGUAAAAAGCUUUAAAGAGGAAAUAAACCUGCCACCUUAAUAAAUGCCUAAACAUGAUUAUUGCAAACAUGGUUAGGGAAUAAUUCACCAAUAUGAAAAAGUUGAAGUCUGUGUGUGUAUAUAUGUGUGUGUACAUAUAAAAUAUAUUAUAUGCACACCCCUACUAUUUUCUGGCCUCUUGCUGUUGCAUUCUUACACACGAGGCUGUUUUAAUGAAAACACUGAUGAUAACCUAGGUGGUUAAAAAAAAAAUCUGUACCAAACUUUCUUGUAUGGAAGUUACACAUGGAUACUGUAAACAGAACCCCAAACCACAACUACUCAAUAAGAAGAGUUUUUUUAAAAAAGUUCUUCAUUGUGUCUGUUCUAGGGCCAACAUUUUAGAGGAUGUUUUAAAUAUAGCUGCAUAUACAUUAUUUGAAAAUAAAGAAACCAGAGAAAGGAAACAGAGUUGCAAGAAAACAAAGACAGCCAUAGCUUUAUUUUCUAGUUUGUGUUUAUGGUCAAUAGAAAACAAAAAACCACAGGAAUGUCUUCUUUCUGGAAAAGGAAUCAGUAUACAAACAAGCAGAGAAGUUCUGUUAAGUGGUAACAGGCUUUUGGCUCGGGGUGGAUGGGUGAGGGUCUAGAACCUUUCAGUGGCAUCCAUAGCACUGGCAGAACUAGUGUUCCUUCUUCAACACAUCCUUCCUAGGAGGUUAACACUUGCAUUGCCAGGCUUUGAGUGGGUAAAGUAAUCUUACGGGGGAACAGAUCUGAUUAUAUACUUGGAGGAAACAAGUCUCCACUUUAGAAAUAAACUCUCUUGUCCCCACCCCCAUACUGCCCAAAAUUGAUCCAAGAUUUUUCCCUCUCCAGAAUACAUGAGUUUCUCAAAUCAACACUGGUUUGGUUCUGAAAAUGCUAUAUACGCAAGGAGAGAAAGCUACCAAGGCAAUGGAGAGACUGAAUACCAGAGCCCACAGUAGCUUAGGAAUGUAUUAUUUUAUUUAUUUAUUUAUUUAAUUUAUUAGUCGCCCAUCUGGCUGGCUGUCCAGCUGCUCUGGGCGACGUACAAAAUAGGCAUACAAUACCUAGACAUUAAAAAACUAAAAACAAGAUAAAAUCUAGCCAACCCCAAAAGCCUGCCUGAAGAGCCAGGUCUUCAAGGCCUGGCGGAAACUCAUCAUGGCAUGUACUGCCAUUGAGCACACAGUCCUUUAGUUUGUUGUCAUAUCAUGAUUUCAUAUGGUUGUCCUUACAACUCUCCAAGGUAGGUAUUAUCUCAUAAUACAGAGAGGAGGAGGUUGAAGCUGAAAGGUUUUGGGUUACCCAGAGUCACUUAGUAAAUUCACAGUGGAAUUCAACUAGGGGCAUCCUGAUUCAUAGCUCAAUCUUUUAAUCCCUGUAUCAGCAACUCCCUGGUACUGCGAUUUUUUCCCCAAGAGAUAAAAAGUAUUCUCUGUGACACUCUGAAGAAGUGAUUCCCCAAAUGUUUUGUACCCUUCUGCUUUUUAGAAUGUCACAGCCCUUUUAACUACCAUUAACCUCUUGCCAAAGGAAGAGUGUGACUGGCAAUGGUGGCGAGUCUGAAUAAAUACUAUUUUGCACUAGUGUUUGAAACUCCAAAGACAGGCAUUUGUCCCAAACUCUUGGGAGUCUGUUUCAUUUCAGGGAACCAAACAAUUAUAAAAAAGGGUAAGAGCAGAGAAACUUAAUAUGCCAGCCACAGCAUGCAUUGCUUAUUCACACCACAGGAGGCGAGACACAGAGAUGUUGCCCAAGUCCAUACCUUCUAUGUAAUUCCUAAAAAUACUGGUACCAGCUAAGAAGACUGUUGAAGUAGAUAGGUCUGGGAUGGCCACAUCAUAGCUACCAAUUUCCAUGUUCCAUCCCAGAAAUAAUGCAUGAGCCACCCCACCCCUAAAACAUCUUUCAUUCAGACGUCCUGCCCUAUAGGCCAAUGAAAAGACAGGGAAAUAGAUUUAUUUCCUUUCAAAUAUCACCAUUGUUCCCACCCCUUUGCAUACUGGAUGACUUCACACUCCACAGAGAGAGAGAGAAAGGGAGAGAUGGUCUAUCCUGCAGAAAUAUAGGGAGAGAGAGGAUUAAAAGGGCAGAUGUUCAAAAAGUAGAUAGGUAGCUUUAUGAAAAAGUAGCUUUGCUGUCAAGAUACACUGGAAAAAUCCAGAAGUGCCCACUCAAAUUUUGGGUACAUAUUUUCAGCAUUAUGCCAAUAGGCAAUAGUGACUAGAGUGUAUUACACUCUUAUUUCCCACAUAAGUUUGUGUGUAGGAAACCUCAGCUCUAUUGCAAAGCCCACUAGGUGGCUUCUAGGAACAUUAAUUAGUGUUAUCUAUGAGCCUAGGGCUCUAGCAAAGCUACAAAUGCUGCUUUAAGACACAGAAAUAGUAUCUGUACCACAAGACAGCACAUAAGAUAAACUGGAUUUUUCCUCCAUUGAAGCAAAUCCCUCUUUUAAGUUAUAAACCUUUGGAGCGGUUCAGGAAGAGACUUAAAAUACAUGGAAGGAAGGGAUUAGUAUGCUCAGCACUCAUGCAUACAAAUAUAGUUGUGCGAGACAGAGAGACUUGGAACAGUAGAGAGAACCUAAUUAGGUCUUAUAAUUUGAAGAAUACAGGUUGCUGCUGUUAUUGCUGCUGCAGUCUAUAAGCUGGACAUACACAGCAUACUCUUCCCCACAUGCAGUCACAUGUGAACUUAUUCCCAAACAGGGUAUCUAUUUUAGGAGGCAGAGAAGGGUCUAAGCUGGGCUCCUUUUUUCCCUUAGGAAGAAAAGGGAAAGGCAAGUAUGUGCUAAUCAGGGAGCCCGGUUCACUACCAGAAUCAGCCAAUGACUGGGAUGAGGGGCUCAUUUGCUACUUGUCACAGACUGAGGAGCAUAAAUGGGAGCUACUGAGAAUCAAUCUUGUUUAUUAUACAGGCAUACCCCGCUUAACGUUGCUUCACUUAACGUUGCCUCGCUAUAACGUACAUGCCCCAUACGUCCCCAUACCUCGCUUAACGUUCGCAAUAACGUACAUUUUAUUGGCAUGAUGCCGCUGCCAUCUAGUGGUGAUUGUGUGCAGUACAAGUGAAGACAAUUGCUUCACUUAAAGUAUACUCUCUGGUCCCAUUGCAAACGUUAAAGCGGCGUAUGCCUGUAUAUGUAUGUAAAUAUAUAGAUAGAUAGAUCUGCCCCAUUCACCAGUAUAAGCCCACUCUGGAUUCUGUUUCUCGAUUGCAACAGAAAAGUAGUCAAGAUUUUGGAACCAACAUUAUAUGAAAAAGUGUUCAAGGUUCUAGGAACAGGCAUACUAAAUUCCAUGACCAGCUAAUGCCCAGAAACCACACCAUACCCAGUGAAGUCACUGCUUUUUAUGGGAGAAGGGGGCCACAGUUGGUGGUUAACCUCUAACACACAUCUCUUGAGUUUCAGUGUGCCAUCCUUAAACAUCUUGCAGGCCAAAAAUCUUUCCACCAGCAUCUCCACUGUCCCCAAUUACUAACAGCACCCCCCCCACUCACUACUACAAGCUUAAGCCCUUUCCCUAUAUACCAAUUUGCUUUUCAGAACCAUCUAAUGUGCCAAACCAGCUCCCUCCAUCUUGCCUGCCAUUCAAGUAGUCUUCUCUGCUUGCAUUUUACAGCAUAACCUCACUGACCACAGACUAUCACCAUAAUUUCCCCUAAAAAAUUCACACUGCUAUUGGGCUUUUUCCCAUUACACUAUCUGUUUGAUCCCAUCAUACCACUUCCCGAAACUUAUACUGCUAAAUUUAAAUAGAAAGGUGGAGUGAGACUGCUGAACAUCAAGUGUGGGAAGCUUUUGUAGCUGCCCCUUGCUGCCAUAGUUUAGUGCUAGAGUACAUGUGUUACCUGCAGGAGAUCCACAGUUCAGUCCCUGGAAUCUCCAGGUAUGGCUGGAAAAGAUUCUUGACUGAAACCCCUGGAAAGCCACAGCCAGUCAGCAGGCAAGACAACACUGAGCUAGAUGAGCUAGAUGAACAAUGAUACAAAUGCACAGCCCUAGUCCCUACAUUAAGGGCAUGUGUCUUGACCCUGAAGAUAGUGUUUAUCAUCAUAAUCAUUUUAUUUGUAUGCCACUUUUCCACAAAAAACGGUGCUCAGCGCAGCUUACAAGGUGAACAAAUACAUCUCAAAAACAAUUGCAAAACCAAUUUCCUAACAAAAAAUAAUAAAACAGUAACAUAAAAGCAAAAUAAUAAUAAUAAUAAUUAGUAAUCUUUGUGAUAAUAGUUAGGGUAGUUAAGGGCAAUACUGGAACCCCAAACAGCCCAAUAAUACUCCCAGGCCUUAUAUUCAACAUCCCUACUCUAGAACGGAGCAGAUAAUCUGAAAAGAAGAUUAUGGGCUCGUGCUUCCAUUUCAGGCUCAAGAAGGAAGGAAUCAGAAGGGUGGGGUUGCAGGGCAAGUUAAAGAGGUUCAGAAUGAGGAACUUGGAAGGCCCAGGUUAAAGAUUUCCGCUCAUGUCCUAGAGCUUGCCGGAUGACCUUGAGACAGUCUCUCACAAUAUAACUCAUGUUGGUAUUAACCUAUAAAGCCUUAUACGGUGCGGGACCACGAUACCUUGCGGAACGCCUCUUCCGAUAUGAACCGGCCCGUGCACUACGUUCUGCUACGAAGGCCCUCCUCCGGGUUCCAACUCACAGGGAGGCCCAGAGGGUGAUGACAAGAUCUAGGGCCUUCUCAGUGGUGGCCCCCGAACUAUGGAACAGUCUCCCCGAGGAAGUACGCCUGGCGCCGACUCUGCUCUCCUUCCGGCGCCAGGUCAAAACCUUCCUAUUCUCUGAACCAUUUUAAGUUACACUGAUUUACUUUUUAAAAUGUUUAUUGUAUUGGAUUGAUGAUUGUAUUUUAGUAUUAUUUUGUUAUUCAUUGUAUUUUUAUGCUAUUUUAUGUUCACUGCCCAGAGAGCUAUUGCUAGUCGGGCGGUAUAUAAAUUUAAUAAAUAAAUAAAUAAAUAAAUGUUAA